CAUGGCACGAGUUUGACACCCCUGGCAUAGAGAUAAUAACCUACAAUUCUUGAAGGACUUUGGGAAAUGUGCUAUAAAUCUAAAUUUAUUGUAAAUAUUAUGGUUAUUAUACGCAAACCUCCCUCACCCAUUCUCAAUGAAGGCAUAUCUGGGGCUGGAGUUAAUUUCGGGUGUCAGCGUAGCCACACAGUUGUCCACAUAAACACGGAGGGGCACGUGAUAGUACUGCUUGACUGUGGCCUCGACAAAAAUCAUGUCCCCUAGAUAGUACUCGUAGCGGGGCCUCUCAUUCAUCCAGUCGCCUGUGCGGCAAAUUGGGAUUGGAGAGAGAUUAGAAUACAUUUACAAAUAUGCACAAGGAAUUAUGGACAGAGAAACUUACUGGUCAUGAGGGUCAGACUGAAGUACAAGAACUCCUCUGCAACCUUGACGGAAGAGAACGGGACCCAGUGUGGGUCGAGAGGUAGGCUGCUCACGUUGUGAUGCCUAUAUGUUUGAUAAUUAGGACACAAAGAAAAGCCGGCAAGUCAAAUGCUGCAACUUGAGCAUGGUCCAAAUAAAAGCCCAUUACAUUUUGGUGCGGGUCCGGACAGCGGUAGGGUUUCCUUUUGCAAAUUCAGAAAAAAUGCAUGCAUUUGAAUGAAAUGAGGGCAGGAAGGGGUACAACUCUAGUUUUGCGUGUGGGGGCGCACACCUUGGGUAGUGGCAUUCCACAAUCACGGCAGCAUUUGUAGUCCUCACAACAGGGGAGUCGCCCAAUGGUUUGGGGUUGUACUGGAGACUGAAGGUGUAGAUGAGAGAGUCGUCCGUCAUCUAGUGAACAGAUGAAAGUAAGUCAAAAAAGAAGUAUGAUUACGCUCACAGUGACGUGUUCAAUAUCGUCCCACGAUGGACUGAAAGUUUGGCACUGGGCUUACCUGUAACCUGCUGUUGCAAUCAUGCAGUUCAGACUCAUAAAUCAGCACCUGAGCGACUGAGUCUUCCCCCACAUGGCCGCAGUUUCCCAGAGUAAGGUCAUCAGGAUUGAUGAACUGGCCUAUUCCAAAUAAGUCCUUCUUGACCUCCACGUGUGUGUUCUUCUCGCGGCAGUCCACAGCAACAGUUGCAGCAGGGACAGGGUGCCGGAGCUCAAAGGGAACGUCAGGCUUAGGCUCAGCCUGGGGCUCUUCGGGGUACAUCCAGGUGAGCGGCUUUUCAAAUGGGGUCCUUGUCUGCUGGGUAUCUUGGUUCCCCUGUUUGGUGUCCUGUCUCUGACUUGGGUAGCGCUGAGCAUUGCACACGCUGCCGAGCAAGGCCAGUGCCACCAGGCACACAGCGGUGCACUUGAUCACCAUGGCUUCACAACAACGAGUGAUCCUCACAAGGUGUUGUAAGGAUGGAGAAAGGGUUCACCUACUUUUAUAAGCCGGGCAGCCUGUCUGCUUCUGCUUCAGUUUGUGUCCCACCCCUUUUGUUGGACAUCUCCUGUGUGAGCUGAUAAGUGUCAGCCAUCAUCUCUGCUGGGGUUUGUAUUAAAAUUUUGUAUUAAAAUGGUGCCAAGAGUCCAUGCAGUUCUGUAACACAACAUCACAAUGUGGAUAAAUGGAAAGCCAAAUAGGGAAAAUAAAGGUGAAAAAAUACAAAAUAUAACAUUUACAUUAUAAAAUGUUAAAAAAAAAACAGGUGUAAUAACGAUUUUAAAAAACUAAAUGUGUUUUCUCCCCAGGAAAUCAACAAAAAAAGGUAUUGAUAAUGAUGAAAUAAUUUAUCAUUACAAAUAAAGAAAGAGCGGACUGACUAUCAUUAAGAAUAAUGAUUCAUCAUUUGAAAAAAAAAAUGCUAAAGUAAAAAAAAAAUAAAUCAGUACAAUGUACUGCCAAUGAUCAAUUCAUAUACAGUUUCCUCUAUUAUUUAAAAAAAAAAAAAGUAUACCGAGAAGACAGUGGUCACCAAAAGGUUAUGUUGACAGUAGGUUAGGGUCACCUGCCCUCAACAGGACAUGUCACACUCCUGCCUUUUGCCAAAGUAAAUUUAUAUAAAAAUCAAUUGUGGACCCAGCCACUACUGACUGGUGGAAGUUUCAAAACAGAAAAAUCAGGCCAGACUCAAAAUCACUGAGUGUAUAAGCCAUACUAAAAAAACAACAGCUAUUUGUGCAAGUGUAUGUAAGCAUACAGUAAGUAUAAAUUGACUGAUGCACUUGGUGCACAGUGUGCCGGCAACUGUAUGUGUAUAUCAGUGUGUGUAUAUAUUAUGUAUAUACAGUAUUGUAUAUGUUAGGACAAACUUGAUGACUGGCGCAUGCUCAGAAACCAUGAGCUGAGUACUGUGCUUUCAUUCACUAGCGUAUUACUAGAAUUAGGGAUGGGCAUUUGAUGAAAUCCGCUUGAUUGAAGAAAUUUAACAACCAAUUAAUCAAAAAUGUAUUCAUUUAAAUAUUAUUUGCAAUGGGAUGGGGAAAAUGUUCUGAACUCCUGAUUCCAUGCCAGUGUUGUAUAGAGCAGCAAUGAUGCCUGGAGAGGUUGGGCCACAGCAUGGAUAUACAGUAGCUUAAAUUUGAAUCACCAUGGAAUCUUGCAAAUAUACAGAUUGGUUAAUCCAUGGUUUAUGGUGUUCCAUGUUGCGAGAUUUUGUAGUUACAAACUGCCUCCCAUAAAUUAAUUAAAAACAUAAUUUUGGUCCGUAAACACGAGACUCACUCGAAAACUAGUUACACCAUGUGUUGUCAGAAGAAUAUGAGCAGCGUGCAGCACACCACCCCGAGGAAGAAUAACAUUGCUUAUUAGUUAACUUUUUACACUUCGUAUGACAUCUCCCAAGCAGCAGUGCGUCAAAGAAAAGGAAAGCCAUCAUUAUGGAAGUGAAAAUGAGCAUUAUAAAAAGCUCAGGAGAAGUGACACGCUCACCAAUAUUGGCUUCUCAUUUGGUCCCGACUGCUGGACUGCCGCGAUCGUCAUUAAGGAUUAAGAUUACUGAAGGCUAAUGAAUGCUAGAGGGGUCAUGGAUUCCGUGCGCUGUUACAUGGAGAUCUGUGAGCAGAAAGAUUAGCCUGGGUCAAGUUAAAAAGGCCUGCAAGACAACCACAGUUAUAAAAAUAAGGAGUUGUUCUCUUUAUUACAGUGCCAUUUAAUUCUUACAUUGAAUCUUUUUAUUACUGUAUAUAUUUUUAAAAUUUAGAUAUAUUUUAGGCCCAACUCAAAACUCAACUUACACCACAGUUUAGGAACAAAACUCGUUUUAAACCAGAGGACAAACUAUAUUUUUCAUAUUGACUAUCAAUUUAGAGUGAUACAUACGACGAUGAACCGCAAAGUUGAAGAUGCGUUCUUUGGCUGCUUACCGACAAACUUAUUUGUUCCAGCAAUACCUACAAAAGGCCACGAGGUGACAGUAUAACUCCCCAAACCUUGUUCCCUCCCCACUAUAUGUCCAUCGGUUGUCUUCAUUUUGUUUUUUUUUUAGUUUUAUUAUACAUUGGUUUAUCUUCUCGUUUUGUAAGAAUGUUAAUAUUGAUUUAAACCAUUGCCUGCACAGUUAAUAAAGGUUUUGUUGAUAGUAACAGUUUGAGCCCGGAACAGAUACAUUAUUUCCUAUGGGAGAUUUAAAAAUUCCAACAACACAUAAAUCACAGAACAGAUUGUCUUUUGAAGCGCCACCGUUAAAGAGAUUUCAUUCAAAGUCGAUCACUGUGUUUGUUUCUGAAUUAGACUUUCAACACGCCCCCUAAUUUCAGGCAAUUGAAACUGAUCGUAGUGCACUAGUUGUAUUAUUCCAUUUAAUGUCUGGCAGAAGGUAGCCAAUCAGGCUUCAUUGUGCUCUUCAUUACAUCAAUGGCACAAUGCGCUCAGUGAAGAUAAGACUAUGUUUAUUUUGUCAGGAUCUGCUGAACACAAGAUAGCGUGACCGCGGCAGCAGUGUAGGUCAUCCAGACCCUGUGAAGGUUUUUAUCGUUUACCAUUUUUAUGUCACCAACAAGGCCGUGAUUUUUCAAGCAGGAUUUUAGUGUUGUUUGGAUAAUUGCUUUGCCACUUUCCAGUCAUUUCCUGCAUCAUUUCACUUACACUUGGCGGCAGAGUGUUCACUGUGAACUGCUGGCAAUGAAGUUGAUCUGUCUCCUCACUCUCGCCCUGCUCAUGGGCUUUCUGGCCGGGGCUCAAAAGUUCACCAACCAACAGCCUGACAACCCCACCAAGUCCAAAGCCCCGACAGGCACACACCAACUCUCUUGUGAGGUGGAGGCACGUCACAAGAUACAGUGCGGCUCUGCAAGCAUCUCCUCUUCUGAUUGUCGUGACAUUAACUGCUGCCAUGAUGGCCACAUGUGCUAUUAUGGCAAAUGUGUCACUCUCCAGUGCACCAAGGAUGGCCAGAUGAUAGUGGUGGUCGCCAGAGAAUCCACCCAGCCCAACAUUGACUUCGAGUCCAUAUCAUUCCAUGCAAAUGAGCCAAGGUGCCGCCCAGUUGACGCCACUUCAGCUUUUGCGAUCUACCAGUUCCCCAUCACAGCCUGCGGCACUGUGAUUAUGGAAGAGGAUGGUGUUGUAAUCUAUGAGAACAGGAUGUCGUCCACCUAUGAAGUCACUACUGGACUGUAUGGAGCAAUUACCAGGGACAGCCAAUAUCAGGUGCUUCUGCAGUGUAAAUAUGCAGGCUUCUCCACUGAAGCGCAGGUCAUUGAGGUGGGCCAGGUUCCUCAACCGAAUCCAGCUGCAGCUCCUGGGCCCUUAAAUGUGGAGCUCCGGCUGGGCAGUGGAGUGUGCACAACCAAGGGUUGUGUUGAAGAGGAUUUGGCCUUCCGCUCCUUCUACGAGGAUAGUGACUACCCGCUUUUAAAGGUGCUCAGAGAUCCCGUGUAUGUUGAGGUCAGAAUGCCGGCUAGGACUGACCCCAACCUGGUCUUGACUCUUGGGCGAUGCUGGGCCACUGCUAACCCCAGCCCUCACAGCGUGCCUCAGUGGGACUUGCUGGUUGAUGGCUGCCCGUGGGUGGAUGACAGUUACCAGACCACCCUGGUUCCAGUCGGCCCCUCUUCAGGCCUCCUGUAUCCCACCCACCACAGGAGGUUUAUCUUCAAGAUGUUCACUUUUCUGUCCACUGUGGUGAACAAUUCAGGCAAGGGAGGGGCCACAGAUCCAGAGGUUAGGAGUCCUCUCACACGAAAGGUGUACAUCCACUGUGACACAAGUAUGUGUCAGCGCUUGUUUGAAAACAACUGUGAACCUACGUGCUUCAGGAAGAGGAGGGACCUUGUCAGAGACACUUUCCAAAACACCUACAAGUAUGACAGCACUGUGGUUAGCAGUUUGGAGAUUCAGUAUAAGGAGUUGAACUGAAGUGUGGCGUGGCAUAACAACUUAUAAAUAUCUGCUUCUUGAUAGAAGUUUGAAAUAAACACUGAAGUCGCUGAG